AUGCUAUUAAACAUUUCUGCUUCUCCAAUUUCUCAUCGAAUUCCUCACUUCCUCUCUCAUUUCAACAAACCCACUUCAAAUUUUCCUCCAAAACCCAAAACCCAUCUCUCAAAAUCUCAUCUUUCCUCAAAUCACAGCCUCUGCGUCACCAAGAACAGAGCUUUCUUCAGAAACAAGAGAUACCAAUAUGAAGAUCGUGAAAGGAACAAUUACAGACCAAAAGCUCUCGCUGGAUUCGAUUUCGGAAGUUUCGAAUCAGUUCUCGAAGCUUCCGCUGUUCUCACAGCGAUUAUCGUCGUCCACGAAACAGGUCACUUCUUAGCUGCUUACCUUCAAGGUAUCCAUGUGAGUAAAUUCGCGAUUGGGUUUGGUCCGAUUCUAGCUAAGUUCAAUUCCAACAAUGUCGAAUACUCUCUUAGGGCUUUUCCAUUAGGUGGGUUUGUUGGUUUCCCUGAUAACGAUCCCGACAGUGAUAUCCCUGUAGACGACAAGAACCUCCUCAAGAAUCGACCGGUUUUGGACAGAGUGAUUGUUGUUUCAGCUGGAAUUAUCGCUAAUGUAAUCUUCGCUUACGCUAUAAUCUUUGCUCAAGUGAUCUCUGUUGGAUUACCUGUUCAAGAAUCUUUUCCAGGAGUUCUUGUUCCUGAUGUUAAAUCUUUCUCUGCUGCUUCUCGUGAUGGAUUGCUUCCGGGAGAUGUAAUCUUAGCCGUUGAUGGAAUUGAACUAUCCGAAUCCGGUUCUGAUUCGGUUUCCAAAGUUGUUGAUGCCGUAAAGAGGAAUCCGAAUCACAAUGUGUUGCUUAAGAUCGAAAGAAGGAACGUGGAUUUCGAAAUACGGAUCACGCCGGAUAAGAGUUUCGAUGGAACGGGGAAAAUCGGUGUUCAGCUAUCUCCGAAUGUUAGAUUCUCAAAGGUGAAACCGAAGAAUGUGACGGAAACUUUUAGCUUCGUCGGUAGAGAGUUCUUUGGGCUCUCUUACAAUGUCUUGGACAGUUUGAAACAGACUUUCCUUAAUUUCUCUCAAACCGCUAGUAAAGUCGCUGGUCCUGUUGCGAUCAUUGCGGUUGGAGCGGAAGUAGCGAGAUCAAACACGGACGGGCUUUACCAGUUUGCGGCAUUGCUUAAUCUAAACCUUGCGGUGAUCAAUUUAUUGCCUUUACCGGCUCUCGAUGGCGGAACAUUGGCUUUAAUCUUGUUGGAAGCGGUUCGAGGCGGGAGGAAGUUACCGUUAGAAAUUGAGCAAGGGAUUAUGUCCUCUGGAAUCAUGCUUGUGAUAUUUCUUGGUUUGUUUCUCAUUGUUAAGGACACACUUAAUCUUGAUUUCAUCAAAGAAAUGUUGUAA